AGGGAAUGGGCGGGAAUCUCUCCUUCCCUUUCGGCCUCGAUGCCGACGGCUGUGCCUCUCCUCCUGGCGAUCGCUCCCGCAGCGGAAAGAAAACUCGAGUCUUCGGUGCUCUCGCUAUUGCGAUCAAGAAAUCUGGGAGAAGCCCUGUCGCGGUGCAGAGAUUCUUUCGGCAUUUCGGCUCUUUCGAAGAAGAAAUCCUUUGACGGUCAUGGCUACUGGAACUGCGAUUCGAUAUGGUAAAUGAUUCCUCAUCACAAACAAACACAUAUCUGCGAUUGAUUUAGUAACGAGAAACAUCGUCGAUUUAAUUGGUAAUGACAUACGUAUAUAUUCAUCAUUUUAGACACCAAAGAGGCUCUGUUUGUAAAGCCUAUUUUUAUGGUGAUUUUUCUUUUUUUUUUUGCACUUCAAACACCAUUACAUGUGUAUAUUAGUCUCUUCCUCUCGAUCACUAACUAUGCUUGAGAUGUUACAAAAGAUCAACCAAUAUAUUAUCCUUAAGACGUUAGUAACGAAGAGGUGGGAUGAAUCUGGUAAGUGAAUACAGGAGUGCCCCUCCUAUUCAACUGUAACUAGAUCUCCUCAAUGUCGCAUAAAAUAUUAGGUGAGAUUAUGUCGAUCGAGGAUCGACCUCACCCCAUCAACAUGUCUCGGAAAUAAGUUAUCCUUUGGAUUAGAAAAAAAGGGAUGUUCUAAGAUUCUUGACCUCUAAGGCCAAUUUCAAGAAGAGUCAAAUCCAAGUAUUGUAGUUUCUAUGAAGAUCUUGUCCAUAAUAAUGACUGACAUGAUCUGAAGGAGCAAAUAGAGAGUUGGGUCUUGUUAUUAACAACUUGAUUCCCAUGUCCUCCUCCCUCUCGGGAUUCACUACCAAUACCAUCGCCACCCUCGGCAUCGUUAACCUUUUGAGUUAAACUUCACUCUAAGACAGUGUUGAUCAAGUUUACGGUGGUUGACAUUCUCUUAGUAUGCGACAUAACAUAAUCAUCGGUUUGUCGAUACUAAAUGAGCUAUGGGCAAUAGUAUCCACUUAUCACAUGUUCAUGAAGUUCCCACAAGGUCGAGAGGUGGGGAAUUGAGAGAUAAUAUGAGAGAGUCUCAACAAUGCUACCUCACGAUAAUGUCUCUACAAAAUAAGUUAUACAUUGAGUCAAUAUUGAUGGACCAUAGAAAACGACCUAAGUUGAUCCCUCACAUUGAGCUGGUUGAGUCACUCCAAGAGAUGCUAUCGGACUAAGCCAAGUUGGAUCGGAUCAACAUUCGAGGAGCAUAGCCAAGUGCAGCUCAUCAAUUUUCUUUGAGCAAAUGAUGGGAAGAAGAAUAUCUAUCCCUUAAUCAUAACUCACCACUCGACGUGACUCGGGUGAUAUGGCGAUUACCUAAACCUAGCAAUGGUUAUAAACCCAUAAGAGGAUAUUUGGCUUACAUGGCAUAAUAGUUCCUUAGGCUUGGCUUAUCACAAUGGCUAGUCUAUUUAUUAUUACACAAGACUACAUGAACUUUUUCCCACCUUGAUCCUAAUUUGAGUAUAGGAGUGACCGAACCAAGCACCCCUAUCGGGGUUUGAUCUUCUUAUAGGUCGAUUGUCAAGCAAGCAUAUAAGUGCUCGAACCAAUCUCUCGGACAUUCUUAAGCACCUACGCAAUGACCCAGGAUCGAGUCGAGCUAACGGAGACAACAUCAAUCGUUCCCAUCAAUUAAGUAAAAAUAUAAGAUAAAUCGGAUGGGAUUAGAAAUAGAAUCCAAAUGCAAUAAAAUUAGAAAUUAGAAAUCGGAUCGGACUUUAAAUUCGGAUCGGACUUUAAAUUCACUUCCAAAAAGAGUAUGGUCUUUAGUACCAAAUAAAAAAAAAAGAUAAAACAAUAAAAUUACCAACAUUUAUCCGGUGGUGCAUCUUUUGUGUGACCCGCAUUUUGUUGCACCAUUUUUCUCUUUCUGUUCUACUAUGUAUUGUGUUCGUAUCCUACCAUAUGACAACCCUUGAUUAACUCAAAAAAUCCCUUUAUUUCUUUUGUCAAUUUUGUACAUCACAUUACAUUGUUUCCUUGGAGUUUAUUGAGUUCUAACUAUAUCUUAAUUGUGGUGCCUAAUACAUUUGUUAAUCCAUAUAAAGAACAUUUUUAUAUUUAAAUUUAAUAUAAUAAAUAAAUAAUAUUAUGUAGACUAACGAACUCCCAUUCCCUCCCAAGAUUGCCCCAUUCCCAUGUGAUCUCCACCGCUGGUCCCCUUACCACCGCACCCCUCAGCUCUCUCUUGCACUCCACGGCACGCCAAACAUCCUCACGUCAAGCCUUCCACGGCGUUUACCCGUCGUUGACCCCCCCGAGAGCCCCUGUCCCAAUCCAUGUCUUCCUUUUCUUCUACGUAAUACUACUGACUGUUGCUCUGUCACUGCUCCUUCUGUUGCCUGGUGUCGCCGUUCCCAUUCGAUAUCCAAACUGCGGAGCGAAAGCUCCCUUACACCCACCCCAUCCCACCAGAUAUCUAUUGAUCUCGUCACUGACUUCAUUCUCGGAGUAGGGAGAGAUCUUUGUUUCAGGUUGCGUUGCUUUCAAUCGUCUUCUCCUCAUUCUCUUACCCAACAAACGUCUGGUGUCGAACGUUUAAAGAGGGGGAGAAGGGAAGACGAGGGAGCAGAAAAGUUGCCAUUUUGAGGUGCGAAGAAGGGAGGGCAGGGGAAGGAUGAGUAUGUACGGCCGUGAUCCAUGGGGCGGGCCACUGGAGAUCUCGCACGCCGACUCCGCCACCGAUGACGAUCGGAGCCGGAACCUGGACUCGGACCGGGCGGCGAUGUCGACCACGUCGCGGCAGCUGGAUGAGACGCAGCAGAGCUGGCUCCUCGCCGCGCCCGGGGACCAGGGGACGAAGAAGAAGAACAAGUACGUGGACCUGGGGUGCCUCAUCGUUAGCCGCAAGCUCUUUCUUUGGACCGUCGGCACCGUCGUCGCCACCGCCGUGCUGGCCGGGUUCAUCACCCUCAUCGUCAAGACCAUCCCCCGCCACCACCGGCCCCGCCCGCCCCCGGACAACUACACGCUCGCCCUCCACAAGGCGCUCAUGUUCUUCAACGCGCAGAGAUCCGGCCCAAUCCCCAAGCACAACAAUGUGUCGUGGAGGGGAAAUUCCGGGAUGAGGGAUGGCCUCUCCGAUCCGUCCUAUGGGAAGAGCCUGGUGGGCGGAUACUAUGAUGCGGGCGACGCCAUCAAGUUCAACUUCCCAGCCUCUUUCGCCAUGACCAUGCUCAGCUGGAGCGUGAUCGAGUACAGUGCCAAGUACGAGGCCGCCGGAGAACUCGGCCAUGUGAAGGAAAUCAUCAAGUGGGGCGCAGACUACCUCCUCAAGACCUUCAAUGCCUCCGCGGACACAAUCGACCGGAUCGCUGCCCAGGUUGGUGAGGGGGAUACUUCGGGAGGCACAACGCCGAACGACCAUUACUGCUGGAUGAGACCAGAGGACAUGGACUACCCGAGGCCAGUCUACGAGUGCCACAGUUGCUCGGAUCUCGCCGCCGAGAUGGCGGCUGCUCUGGCGGCAGCAUCCAUUGUGUUCAAGGACAGCAAGACCUACUCAAAGAAGCUUGUCCACGGUGCCACGACGCUCUUCAAGUUUUCGAGGGAUCAGAGGGGGCGGUACACCUCCGGUGGCUCUGAUGCAUCAUUCUUCUACAAUUCCACUAGUUAUUGGGACGAGUUCGUGUGGGGUGGAGCAUGGAUGUACCUUGCGACGGGCAAUGCCACUUACCUUAAACUAGCUACUCAUCCGACCCUCGCAAAGCAUGCAGGUGCAUUCUGGGGUGGUCCAGAUUAUGGAGUCUUCAGCUGGGACAACAAGCUCACCGGUGCUCAAGUGCUUCUCAGCAGACUGAGGCUGUUCCUGAGUCCAGGCUAUCCUUACGAAGAAAUAUUGAGAACCUUUCACAAUCAGACUGGAAUCAUCAUGUGCUCGUAUCUUCCAGUUUUUACCACUUUCAACAGGACACGAGGGGGUUUGAUACAGCUCAACCACGGAAGACCGCAGCCCCUUCAGUACGCAGUCAAUGCAGCUUUUCUUGCGGCCAUCUACAGUGAUUAUCUUGAAGCUGCUGAUACUCCAGGAUGGUAUUGUGGCCCAAAUUUCUUCUCUACGGGGGUUCUGCGUGAUUUUGCUAGGACCCAGAUUGACUAUAUAUUGGGAAAAAAUCCUCAAAAAAUGAGUUACGUUGUUGGAUUUGGAGCACGUUAUCCUAAGCAUGUUCAUCACCGAGGUGCAUCCAUCCCUAAGAACGGGGUAAAGUAUAAUUGCAAAGGUGGAUGGAAGUGGAGGGAUACCAAAAAGCCAAAUCCCAACACAAUCGUCGGUGCGAUGGUCGCUGGCCCUGAUAGACAUGAUGGCUUCCGAGAUGUUCGCACUAACUACAAUUACACCGAGCCAACGAUCGCAGGCAAUGCCGGCUUAGUUGCUGCCCUGGUGGCUUUGUCUGGUGAGGGCAAUGGAGUGGACAAGAACACUAUAUUCUCUGCGGUUCCACCGAUGUUUCCCACUCCGCCACCACCUCCAGCACCGUGGAAACCAUGAGCAAGAAGACAGCAGUUAUCGGCAUGCCACGAUCACAAUUAUAUGGAAGAUCCAACGACAUGGAGAGCAAAGACAAAGCCUUGUGCCGCAAGUACCAUUUCCUCGUGCCACAAAUUCACAAAUGGAACGCAGCGCCUAUUUCUUUUUCGUCCGCAAUACAACUUCAUUUUUUUGUGUUUACAGAUGUAAUAAUGUGUGUGAAAUUUCAACGGAUGCAAUUAGUUUAUUCCUUUAGUUCUUCGUUACAUCUGAAAGCAAUGUCAAAACUUGUAGUAUUUUGUCUUCAAGGAAAUGAUAGUUGCUUUUUUCA